ACUUAGUAUACUAUGUGAGCCAUCGGACUCGUUUCUAAAAUUAACAUUUAUUUGUAAAAAUUAAAAUUAUCUUCUUUCACAAAUUUACUUCCACAAUGCAGAGGAAUCUGAUUAAUAAAUUGCGUCCUCUUUUGCGACAGGUCAGUGGAUGUUACUCUAUAGCACCGACGCUUGUCUUGACUCGUUCCAUUCAGCAGUCUCCGAUUAAGAUGAGUGAAGCAGGAGGUGCAAAGAUAACACCCAAGAUGGCGAACCUACAAAAGAAGUUUCAAGAAGACAAUGAUAAACCUGUAUUCCUGAAAGGCGGAGGCAUGGACAAUAUUUUAUUCAUAUUGACCCUUGUGCUUUGCGUCGUUGGCGUUGUUGGCGAUGUACUUCUAUGGUUUAGCUACAUAUUAGCCUGAUCUAAGAUAAUGUUUAAUUAAAGUCGUUCAUAUCACAGAA